AUGGGUCGAAGAGCGGAGAUAAAACGCGCCAAUGCCCAGCAAAAGGAUCGGGAUCACCAUCCAAAGACCCACCACAUCAACCAUCACCAUCAUUCGCGACACGGCGAGCCCGAACCGCAAGCCGGCUGCCCGAUACCCGAUACCGUGGUUGGAAGGUGCCAGUGCCCGAGGGAGAGGAAGGCAGAAGAUUUACAUGCACCAAGAAUGAAUGCCCAUACUCGAAACAACUGGUUCACGACAAGUGCUUCGACGAAUACGAGGAUCACCUCGUCAAGGGGCUGGAUGGACAAACAGCGCCGGCAAAAUCUUUGGGAAAAGAAGGGCCAGGCGCUUGUAGGAAAAGUCUGCAGAUGUCGAUGCGGGCUCGGACUCGUGUUACGUGACGAGGCUCACGAUGUUCUGCGCGAGAAGCGCGAAAAACUGCUCGAGGAACAGCUAAACGCCGUGCAGAAGUGCAAGAAGAAGAAAAAUGAGAACGCUUUACCGCGGCUCAACCACGCCAUCAAAGGGCAGACGCUGUUUCCGGAGCCGAAGGAAAGGAAACGUCGCCAUCGCAACUAUUCCGAUGCCGAAUCGGACUCAUCGUACGCGAGCGAAUCUUCGCCGGUAUUCACAGCACGAUUUAUCAACCGCCUCGGAGCCCUCGAUAUGGGCGACCCAGUGACACGGGAAAGAAACCAGUCUUCUGGGCUUUUCUCCGAAUCGUGUUACGAAUCUGGGUCGGAAGCUGCUUUUGCGGAGGCUUUGCAACGCAAAUAUGAGCCUGCUCCCCCGCCGGCCCCGCUCAAGAAGUCGUUCGCUGCGGCGGCUUGUCGUCGUGGCGCCAAUGGCAAAAAGACGCCUACCUCGCGCACUUCGCCAAUAUUCCCCAGCCCGCCGCCAAGUCAACCCAAGACGCGGCCACCGUCGGCUCCACAUUCGCCCAAGUCGCGCCCGGAUUCAGCGGCUGCCAGCCGCCGCUUUGUGGCGGCUAGUCUCAACACCCUUGCCGGCGGCAUUGACAGGACGGACAACACCAAGGGCCUCAGCCCGUUCUCGACACCAACUCCGACCCCGACGGCGGCUUCGAUGCCCCCGGAGCAGUUCACCAAGCUAUUGGGCGACAAGCUAGAGCAGUACAGCGCCCAGGUGGCGAUGAGUCAAUGGGAGCUGACAUCUACUCAACAGCCAUCGAUCCCACUUCCCCCGCUGCCACCUCUUGCUCCGUUGCCGCCGCUGCUACCGCCAACAAUCACCCAUGCGCCACCGCCCAAACCGACCGCACCCGCGCGUUCCGCGGUGCCCAAGUCUCCGGCGAAGAGCUAUCGCGUCCAGCUGCACGGCGAUCCCGAUGAGGUGGAUAGUUGGGAAGAGUACGUGCACGAAUGCGAGACGUCCGUCAACAGCAGUGGCAUCAACUAUGAGACGCCGCUGGUGUCGCCGAUGCUGCCGCCACUUGCUGCACCGAAGGUGUCCGGCACGUUCACGUUGCUGCCGAAAAUCGCCACACCGCCGCCACAAAAGGACCAACAACUCGCGGCUUUCCCGAUGGCUUCUCUCCAGAAACCCGCGGCGCCGAUGAUC